AUUAUUUCCGGGCUGUAUAUCACGUGUAACUAAUAUACAUUUCAAACUUUGGCUAGGGGUGAUCCUUGAAUGAGGUAGCUCCGCAGUAGUGUAAAACUUUCAGAUCAAUGCAGUCUCUUUUAAAAGCACGGAUAGGAGCUACAACAUGCGGUGUGUGUGUGUAUACUCUUAUCUAGCUAACUAGUCUUUUUUGUAGGCAGCAAAAUGGGUUAUUCUCAGCUUUCUUUAAAAACGUUUGCUAAAUUUAAGCCCAGCUUAUAGUUUAUAUUAAGUUACUCAUGAGGGUUCAGCACUUCAAUAGACAAUCUUUGAGCACCGUGAUCAGUCAGUUAUUUCUCUCAAGCUUCUCAUCAUGUUUACGCGCUGUGUUAGAAACGUCCUUUCCAGGCGUGCGUCCACAUUACAAACGUCACGGUGCAGUUUAGCAGUGGCUCUGCAGCACACCAGAGGACGCUGCAGUAAAGUUACAUCAACGAGUGAUGAUGUGGAUCAGGUUAGGACAUUACUGCAGCUUUGUGUGGACAGGUACUACAUCUCACCUGGUCCGACUAACACGGAGCUGUUUGAGCGCGGGCUGAGCUGCAGCUAUGGACCUCUGGGCAUGGAGCUGAGGAGGAACCUGCUGGAGCAGUGGUGGCACUGCGUGACCAAGUCCAGAGCUCAGGUGUUUGGGAUAAACACUCUGAGCAGCAGCAAGGAUAGAGAAGCACGUGGACGAAGACAGCUGAGGAUUGUUGAAUCUGAACAUUUAAAACAAAUACUUGAGCAGCAGGAGCUGAACAAGGAGCAGCUCAUCCAGCAGAUACAGACGCUCCUUCAAAGCUCCCCACCUGUGAGAACAAGCUUACUUCAAGGUGCCUUGGAGCAAUAUGUUCCCUCGCUGGAGCUGGUGAACAGGAAGCUGCCUUAUGGGCUCGCUGAGAGUGGUCUGUGUUUCCAGUCCUCAGAUGGCUCUGGUUGCCCAGCCGAGGUCACACAGACAUCUCUGGUGUGGUUCUGUUCUCCUCGCACCUCUUCCCAGUGGUUGGAUCACUGGAACCGACAGAGGCUGAAGUGGUGGAGGAAAUUUGCCUUGUCUCCAUCUGACUUCAGCAGCAUGGACAUCCCAGAGCAAGAACGUGUAGAGGAAGCGUCUCGCGGUGUGAGGAUCAUCUACAACUUCCCGUGGGGACAGGAGCCUUUGGAGACGCUGUGGAGCCGAGGAGAUGCAGAGCUGAUGCAAACACACAAAGGAGCCCGAUCCAAACUACAGUGUCGAGAUGGGCGCAAGUCAGUUCCUCACAUUGUGUCUGUAACCGGCAACAUGGACCGUGGUUUGAUGGCCUUUCUGUUCAACUCACUCCAGCAGCUGAAGAGAGAAGACAGAAGGCAGAAGCUGCAGCACAGAAAAGUUCUGAAGUUGCAUCCAGUGCUGGCUCCAGUCAAAGUGGCUUUAGACAUUGGUAGGGGCGCCACUCUGGAGCUGAGACAGGUUUGUGAAGAUCUGCUGCAGGAGCUUAUGGAGGCUAAGAUCUCUGUGUGGCCUGGGUAUCGUGAAACUAUGUCAACAUCAAUGGAGCAGCUGAAUGCCAAGUAUGAUGAGAUGGGAGUGCUUUUCACUGUGGUGAUCAGUGAGAACACGUUGGAGAGCGGCCUUCUCCAGGUCCGCAGCAGAGACACCACCAUCAAAGAGACCAUGCACAUCUCUGAAAUCAAGAACUUUCUCUCCAGAUACAUUUCUGCUGCUGACAACAUAUGAAUAGACUUUUAUUUGGGUGACUACAAAGACAGUCUGACUAUUGUGGUGCCUCAGUUGUGUGUUACUUCUAGACACAUUGAUUCACAUCUACUAGUCAAGUGACUUUCCUGUAAAUAAUAUUGUAAUGAACAGGGUAAUUAUUGUACGUUUCCUGAAUGUAUGUUUUUUGUGUUUAGGUAUAUUUGGCUAAGAGCCCGUCACAACUUGGGAAGGAGUGACAUGUUGCUCAGAGUUUAUGUGCACCCACCUAUUCUCUAUGUAAUCUCCAGUUCUCACUGGACUCAAGGACUCUUACUUGUGUCUCUUACUUAGAGUAUAUCCAAGGGAGGAGGCAGGUCACUCUUAUUAUAAUACAUUUGAUACAGUAGAUGCUGUGCCACUGUUUGCCCAGUGAUAAUUACAUGGGAGCCAGACUCGGAUAGAUGGCGUUUUGUUUCUAUCUCAUUUUUUAAUAAAAUAUACAGAAUGUCUCUCUAACAUUUGAAUUUUUUGUGCUAAAGACUGAAUGUUUCUUGAAGUUCAAAGAGCAUUCUUGAUUGUGAAAAAACAGCAAAACAAAACAAAACAUAAAAC